AUGUCUGGGGUGUCCCAGCCCCUGAGCCGAGUAAAGGUGGGCACGCUAUGUCGGCCGGAAGGCCCCCCAGAGCCCAUGGUGGUGGUGCCAGUAGAUGUGGAAAAGGAAGACGUGAGGAUCCUCAAGGUCUGCUUCUAUAGCAACAGCUUCAACUCUGGGAAGAACUUCAAACUGGUUAAAUGCACUGUGCACACCGAGAUCCGGGAGGUCAUUGCCUCCAUCCUGCUGAGCGGGCGGAUCGGGCCCAACAUCCAGCUGGCUGAGUGCUAUGGGCUGAGGCUGAAGCACAUGAAGUCAGAUGAGAUCCACUGGCUGCACCCGCAGAUGACAGUGGGUGAGGUGCAGGACAAGUAUGAGUAUCUACACGUGGAAGCCGAGUGGAGGUAUGACCUUCAAAUCCGCUACUUGCCAGAGGACUUCAUGGAGACCCUGAAGGAAGACAAGACCACGCUGCUUUAUUUUUACCAACAGCUCCGGAAUGACUACAUGCAACGCUAUGCCAGCAAGGUCAGCGAGGGCAUGGCCCUGCAGCUGGGCUGUCUGGAGCUCAGGCGGUUCUUCAAGGACAUGCCGCACAAUGCACUUGACAAAAAGUCCAACUUCGAGCUCCUGGAGAAGGAAGUAGGACUCGACCUGUUUUUCCCAAAGCAGAUGCAGGAGAGCUUAAAGCCCAAGCAGUUCCGGAAGAUGAUCCAGCAGACAUUCCAGCAGUACGCCUCGCUCAGGGAGGAGGAGUGCGUCAUGAAGUUCUUCAACACCCUGGCCGGCUUUGCCCACAUCGACCAGGAGACCUAUCGCUGUGAACUCAUUCAAGGAUGGAACAUCACCGUGGACCUGGUCAUCGGCCCCAAAGGCAUCCGCCAGAUGACAAGUCAAGACGCAAAGCCCACCUGCCUCGCGGAGUUCAAGCAGAUCCAGUCCAUCAGGUGCCUCCUGCUGGAGGAGGGCCAGGCAGUGCUGCAGUUGGACAUCGAAGGCGCCCCUCAGUCCUUGUCCAUCAAAACCUCCUCUCUGGCAGAAGCCGAGAACAUGGCUGACCUCAUAGAUGGUUACUGCCGGCUGCAGGGGGAGCACAAAGCCUCUCUCAUCGUUCAUCCCAGGAAAGAUGGUGAGAAGCGGACCAGCCUGCCCCAGAUCCCCGAGCUGAGCCUGGAGGCGCAACGACACCGCCUCUCGGAAAGCUGCAGCAUAGAAUCAGACAUUUACGCCGAGAUUCCUGACGAGACUUUGCGAAGGUCAGGAGGCCCACAGUAUGGCAUUGCCCGGGAAGAUGUGGUUCUGAACCGUAUCCUGGGGGAAGGCUUUUUCGGGGAGGUCUACGAAGGUGCCUACACGAAUCACAAAGGGGAGAAAAUCAAUGUCGCCGUGAAGACCUGCAAGAAGGACUGCACGCAGGACAACAAGGAGAAGUUCAUGAGUGAGGCAGUGAUCAUGAAGAACCUGGACCACCCGCACAUUGUGAAGCUGAUAGGCAUCAUCGAAGAGGAGCCCACCUGGAUCGUCAUGGAAUUGUACCCCCACGGGGAGCUGGGCCACUACCUGGAGCGAAACAAGAGCUCCCUGAAGGUGCUCACUCUCGUCCUGUACUCGCUGCAGAUUUGCAAGGCCAUGGCCUACCUGGAGAGCAUCAACUGUGUCCACAGGGACAUCGCCGUCCGGAACAUCCUGGUGGCCUCCGCGGAGUGUGUGAAGCUGGGGGACUUCGGCCUGUCGCGGUACAUCGAGGAAGAGGAUUACUACAAAGCCUCUGUGACGCGGCUGCCCAUCAAGUGGAUGUCGCCCGAGUCCAUUAACUUCCGCCGCUUCACCACGGCCAGUGACGUGUGGAUGUUUGCUGUGUGCAUGUGGGAGAUCCUGAGCUUUGGCAAGCAGCCCUUCUUCUGGCUGGAGAACAAGGAUGUCAUCGGGGUCCUGGAGAAGGGCGACCGGCUGCCCAAGCCCGACCUCUGCCCUCCUGUUCUCUACACCCUCAUGACCCGCUGCUGGGACUAUGACCCCAGCGAGCGGCCCCGCUUCAACGAGCUGGUGUGCAGCCUCAGUGACGUGUAUCAGAUGGAGAAGGACCUUGCUAUAGAGCAGGAGAGGAACGCUCGCUACCGACCUCCCAAAAUCUUGGAGCCCCUAGUUCAAGAACCCCCGCCCAAGCCCAGCCGGCCCAAGUACAGACCCCCUCCACAGACCAACCUGCUGGUGCCCAACCUGCAAUUCCAGGUCCCCGAGGGUCUGUGUGCCAGCUCGCCUACGCUCACCAGCCCCAUGGAGUACCCAUCUCCCGUAAACUCGCUGCACACCCCGCCUCUCCACCGGCACAAUGUCUUCAAGCGCCACAGCAUGCGGGAGGAGGACUUCAUCCGACCCAGCAGCCGGGAAGAGGCCCAGCAGCUGUGGGAGGCCGAGAGGGCCAAGAUGCGGCAGGUCCUGGACAGGCAGCAGAAGCAGAUGGUGGAGGACUACCAGUGGCUGCGGCGGAAGGAGAAGUCCUUGGACCCCAUGGUUCAUAUGAACGACAAGUCCCCAUUGACCCCGGAGAAGGAGGCCGGCUACACGGAGUUCACGGGCCCCCCACAGAAGCCCCCGAGGCUGAGCGCACAGUCCAUCCAGCCCACAGCCAACCUGGAUCGGACCGACGACAAGGUGUACAGCAAUGUCAUGGACCUGGUGCAGGCUGUGCUGGACCUCAAGAACGAGCUCAGCCAGCUGCCCGCCGAGGCCUACGUGGGGGUGGUGAAGAAGGUGGGCCUGAGCCUGCGGAAGCUGAUCGGCAGUGUGGACAGCAUCCUGCCUUCCUUGCCGGCGUCGUCGCGUACGGAGAUCGAAGGGACCCAGAAACUGCUCAACAAGGACCUGGCAGAGCUCAUCAACAAGAUGCGGCUGGCCCAGCAAAACGCCGUGACCUCCCUGAGCGAGGAGUGCAAGCGGCAGAUGCUCACGGCCUCCCACACCCUGGCCGUGGACGCCAAGAACCUGCUUGACGCCGUGGACCAGGCCAAGGUCCUGGCCAACCUGGCUCACCCGCCUGCCGAGUGA